AUCACUCAAACUACUACUCCCAACAUGCACAGCGGCUUCGGUCCAUCCGCCUAUCCCCUAUAUUCUGGAGGGCCCCAGCGUGCCUCGAGGCACGAAAGGCAGCCUGGGGGUUGUAGUUCUCGUGGACGCCUACCGGUAUUGCCAGCGCGGCAGUGGCGGCUUUCUCGGUUCGGUCCAGCCGGUCUUGUAAGGUAGCUGAGACGGAGAAAGGGCGCGGAACUGGAAAAGGGUGAGUCAGGCACUGUCUACGCGAUAAAGGGAGGCGGCACCGCGGCGUAGAGCUGAGUUAAGUAAGUGCGGCCCCUGCUUAUUCAGGGACGCCGCGAUCUAGCGCCAGCGAGAAGAGGGCGAGGAGGAGCCAGAGCCCGGUUCUUGCACCCAUUCUCGCCCUCGCACCCCGCCGCCAUCUCCAUCAUGCAGUCCCGGGAAGAAGCUCCGCGCUCUCGCCGCCUGGCCAGUCCCCGCGGCGGGAGGAGGCCCAAGAGGAUUUCCAAGCCUUCGGUUUCGGCUUUUUUCACGGGCCCGGAGGAGCUGAAGGACACGGCUCAUUCUGCAGCUCUGCUGGCACAGCUGAAGUCUUUCUACGACGCGCGGCUGUUAUGUGAUGUGACCAUCGAGGUGGUGACACCUGGCAGCGGGCCUGGCACCGGCCGCCUUUUUUCCUGCAACCGUAACGUGCUGGCUGCCGCGUGUCCCUACUUCAAGAGCAUGUUCACAGGUGGCAUGUACGAGAGCCAGCAGGCGAGCGUGACCAUGCAUGAUGUGGAUGCCGAGUCCUUCGAGGUGCUGGUCGACUACUGCUACACAGGUCGCGUGUCGCUAAGUGAGGCCAACGUGCAACGCCUUUACGCGGCCUCUGACAUGUUGCAGCUCGAGUACGUGCGGGAAGCUUGUGCCUCCUUCCUAGCCCGCCGCCUUGACCUGGCCAACUGCACUGCCAUCCUCAAGUUCGCUGAUGCCUUCGACCAUCACAAGCUGCGAUCACAGGCCCAGUCCUUCAUCGCCCACAACUUCAAGCAGCUCAGCCGGAUGGGUUCAGUUCGGGAGGAGAGUCUGGCAGACCUGAGCUUGGCCCAGCUGUUGGCCGUGCUGCGUCUGGAUAGUCUAGACAUAGAGAGUGAGCGGACAGUGUGUCAUGUAGCAAUGCAGUGGUUAGAGACGGCUCCCAAGGAGCGCGGUCCCAACGCUGCGGAAGUCUUCAAGUGUGUCCGCUGGACACACUUCAGAGAUGAAGAUCAGGAUUACCUGGAAGGGCUGCUGACCAAGCCCAUUGUGAAGAAGUACUGUCUGGACCUUAUCGAAGGGGCCCUGCAGAUGCGAUAUGGUGACAUGUUGUACAAGUCUGUGGUACCAAAGCCAGAGAGCAGCAGCAGCUCUGUUGUAUCUGUAGCAGAAAAUCCACCUCAGAGACUGGGUAUGUGUGCCAAGGAGAUGGUGAUCUUCUUUGGACACCCUAGAGACCCCUUUCUCUGCUAUGACCCAUACUCAGGGGACAUUUACACAAUGCCAUCCCCUUUAACCAGCUUGGCUCACACUAAGACUAUCACUUCCUCAGCUGUCUGUGUCUCUCCAGACCAUGACAUCUACCUGGCUGCCCAGCCCCGGAAAGACCUGUGGGUGUAUAAGCCAGCCCAGAAUAGUUGGCAGCAGCUUGCCGACCGCCUGCUGUGUCGCGAGGGCAUGGAUGUGGCCUACCUCAAUGGCUACAUCUACAUCUUGGGUGGGCGAGACCCGAUUACCGGCGUUAAAUUGAAGGAAGUGGAAUGCUACAGUGUUCAGAGAAACCAGUGGGCACUGGUGGCUCCUGUGCCCCAUUCCUUCUAUUCCUUUGAACUAAUAGUGGUUCAGAACUAUCUUUAUGCUGUGAACAGUAAGCGCAUGCUGUGCUAUGAUCCUAGCCAUAAUAUGUGGCUGAACUGUGCUUCUCUUAAACGUAGUGACUUUCAGGAAGCCUGUGUCUUCAACGACGAGAUCUACUGUAUCUGUGACAUUCCAGUCAUGAAGGUCUAUAACCCAGCCAGGGGAGAAUGGAGGCGGAUUAGUAAUAUUCCCUUGGACUCAGAGACCCACAACUACCAGAUUGUCAAUCAUGGCCAAAAGUUGCUUCUCAUCACUUCUACCACCCCUCAGUGGAAAAAAAACCGGGUGACUGUUUACGAAUACGAUACCAGGGAAGACCAGUGGAUUAACAUAGGUACCAUGUUAGGUCUUUUGCAGUUUGACUCUGGUUUUAUUUGCCUCUGUGCUCGCGUUUAUCCUUCCUGCCUUGAACCUGGGCAGAGUUUCAUUACUGAGGAAGACGAUGCACGGAGUGAAUCUAGUACUGAAUGGGACUUAGAUGGAUUCAGUGAGCUGGACUCAGAGUCAGGAAGUUCAAGUUCUUUUUCUGACGAUGAAGUCUGGGUGCAGGUAGCACCUCAGCGAAAUGCACAGGAUCAGCAGGGUUCUUUGUAAAUAUUUUGAAUCACUAAGAUGUUUCUACUGCUAUGGAAUGUAUCUUUAAAAGAUAUCCUUUCCUUUUCCAAAAAAAAAAAAAAAAUGUUGAUUAGGACUGCAGAUUUGGUUUAGAAAGGGUUAUGUUUGAAUUAUUAAUGUAAUGUUACAAAAUUUUAACAGUCCAGGAGAUCAAACUAUAUAAUAAUUUACUGUGCUAAAAGUUGAGAUUAAAAUAUGCAAAAAACAAACUAUAUAAUUGAUUAGAAUGCUUGGUGGUUUUUUUUCAUUGUUUGAGUAUUUGUUGCACCAGUGGAUUGUUUUGGUUAGUUACACUGUUUAUAUUUUAACGAUCUACCUUAGUCUUCUGUUAACUUCAUAAUUCUGUUUAGUGCUGCAAGGAAUUUAACUUUUUAAUUUUCAUAGUAUAAAAUUGGACUAGAAGUUGUUUGUAGGGAGUUGAAGGUUUAUAUUUUCUUUCAGAGUAAUGAAAGUAGAUUUCCCAAGUUUUGAACUAGCCAGUUUUUAGUAUUAUAAGUUAAUACAGUUUGUUUGUUCAAUUUGGUUUGGUUUUCUCCUCAAUGCAAAGGAAAAAAUCGGAUAUAUAUAGAGGUUAUAAAAUAGAGAUUUCGUUUUGAUAAUGUGCAGAAUGGUCUUAAGAGAUCACAGAAAGUAAAAAAAAAAAAAAAAUCAGGAUUCUACUGCUUUAAAAGAAAUUUCACUUUUAAUUUUGGAAUAUAAAAUGUAUUUUCUAAAAGUGACCAUUUUUCUAUCUUAAAAAACAUCCAUUCUGGUAGUGUCACCAAUUAUUUAAACACCCUUCUAAACCAAAGAAAAAAAAAGAAAAAGAAAAAGUAACUUGCUUUGUAAGAUCAUAUUUUUAAUCUAUCUCUUGUACAUGCUUCAUUGAAUCAAAGGAACAAUCUUUUUGUUCACUGGACAUAUGCUUGAGUAAUGUAAAUUUUUAUCCAUUGGUCAUUCCUAGUCUUAAAAAGUUUAUAUGCUCUCCUAAAAUAUUUUGGCUGUAUAGUUUUGGUGUUCAUCUUAGAGGAUUCUUCAGCAGGAAGUGAUUUAUUCUUUACUGUUUUUGUGAGGUAAUACUGGUUUUGAAAAUACGUUUAAGCUAAAAAGAAUAUUUUAUUGAGAUCAGUGGUUACUGUGUCUAUCAACUCUAAAAUCAAGUGCCAGCAGAGAACUUUAAAACUUUAAGCUGUGUAUGGAGCUGUUUUGUGUAGCAUUGAAAUGUUCUAUCAAGUUUUGUCAGUCACUGUAUGUGAUUAUCAGCUUGAAGGUAUUUUUGUAUUAAAAGUUGACAGUUAAAGAACAUAAGUGGAUGAUGGCAUUUGGGGCCAAUAGUGAAAGUAUGUUUCCUCUAAAAUAUUUCCCUAGCAGUGGUAUAUAUACAUGGUUAUUUUAUUAGGGUAUUUCUCUGUGAACCAUGCUGCAGUCUUUGUUUUUUGUCUCUUUGCUUGUUUUUGUAUCACCAUAAAGUAAGGGAAAAUCCAGAAAUAGAGACUAAAUCACACAAAAUUGAUCUUGUUAAAUACAGAGAAAUAGAGGUGCUUACCUUUUGAGGAUCUCUUGAUACAUAUGAUUGUCACAAUGCAUAUCCGUGAUAAAUGGUGUACAUAAUAUAGAUGCUUAUAGCCUAUAAAUUUUUCUAUACCGACGUAGAAUCCUCUUUCUGCAUCUUUGUUCAACAUGUUAAUUCCUCUUCUGUUUAUUCUCUAGUAGCCGAAUGCCAGCAUUUUUUACACCAUGGCACAGUACUGAGAAGUGUGCUCCAGGAUAGGGAACUGAAUUUUGAAUGAAAAAAGAGAGGGAGAGAGAAAAGGAUUUAAAAAAACAAGCACACAGAUGUUUUCUUAGCCAUUUUCAUUGGGCAUCUGAAGAGUCCAUAGGACGUUCCUGUUUAACAUUAUUUCUAGUGAAAUAAGAUUCUUGCUCUAGCAAUAUGUUCCUAAGAAUGUCUUCCCUCAAAACAGUAAACGUGCUCUAGUGGCCUAAAGCUACUGUUUGUUCGUUGUGGUAUCAGGGAUGUUGUUAUAAGCACUGGUCUCAGCUUAGAAAGCUGUUUCUUAAUAGUGUUAUUUUUUGGCCAAAUUUCUUCACCAGUAACUUCUUUUUGAUAGCUUUUUGUUUUGUUAGGUUGAAGUAGGACAGUGCUGAUCUCAACCAGAUUAUCCAUCUGCAGAAUUAAGGAUGCAAGUUUUUCCGCUGAAAGAAAGGGAACAGCUUGGAGGAGAGGGCGCACCUAUUCAAAGGAACUCAGGUCCUUCCUUUUUUCCAUGCUGGCUGUCUACCAGCUGUGUUUGUGAAUGUUCAAGAGAAGAUAAAGGAUGGAGAGCUGGAAUCAGUCAACCGAAUUGCUUGUCAGGAGACUCAGAAGAUUUGGAGAAAGUAAUGGCCAUAAAGAUGCUCACUGGACUGGAGAAGAGAGUGGAGGACAUCAGUGAGACCAUCAAUAAAGAGAUGGUGCAGAACCGGUUUGGGAUUCUGUCUCUCCUCUCUGCCCCUCCCCAGCUUGUGUGUGUGUUCUCCCUCUCUUUCAAAAUAAAUAAACUUAAAAAACAUUUUUUUAAGAGAUAGAAAACGUAAAAAAGAACCAGAGAUGAAGAACUCAAUAACUGAAAUUUCAAAUACACUAUGGAAAGCAAUCAAGCUGAAGAAGAGAGAGAAAAAAGAAUAAUAAAAAAUGAAAAUAUAUUGAAGGAACUCAGAGAAACCAUCAAGCAUAAUAAGAUUACCAUUAUGGGGGUGCCUGGGUGGCUCGGUCAGUUAAGCUUCCAACUUCAGCUCAGGUCAUGAUCUCACAGUCCACAAGUUCGAGCCCUGCAUCAGGCUCUAUGCUGACAGCUCAGAGUCUGGAGCCUGCUUCGGAUUCUGUGUCUCCCUCUCUUUCUGCCACUCCCUCAUUCACAUUCUCUCUCUCUCUCUCAAAAAUAAACAUUAAAAACAUUUUUUAAUAAAUAAGAUUAACAUUUAUAGGGAUCCCAGAAGAAGAGAGAGAAAAAGGUGUGAAAAUGUAUUUGAAAAAAUAAUAGUGGAAAACUUAACUGAAUCUGGAGAAGGAAACAGACUUCUGGAUCCAGAAGGCACACAACCCAACAAAAUCAACCCAAGGAGGUCCACACCAAGACACAUAGUAAUUAAAAUGGCAAAAAGUAGGAUAAAGAGAAUUUUUAAACUACCAAGACAAAAGAAUACAUUUACAUACAAAAGAAACCCCAUAAGGCUAACAGCUGAUUUAGGAGCAGAAACACUGCAUGCUAGAAAAGAGUGGCAUGAUACAAAGUGCUGAAAGAAAAGAACCUACAACCAAGAAUACUCUAUCUAGCAAGGCUAACAUUGAGAAUAGAAGGAGAAAUGAAAAGUUUCCCAGACAAACAAAAGUUAAAGGAAUUCAUGACCACUAAACCAGACCUAUAAGAAUUGUUAAAGGGGGUAAGGGCGACUGGGUGGCUUAGUCAGUUAAGUGUCCAACUUUGGCUCAGGUCAUGAACUCGCUUUUGUCAGUUUAUGCCCUAUGUGGGGCUCUGUGCUGACAGCUCAGAACCUGGAGCCUGCUUCGGAUUCUGUGUCUCCCUCUCUCUCUGCUCCUCCCCUCCUCACACUCUGUCUCUCUCCCUCUCAAAAAAAUAAAUAAAGAUUUUUUUUUUAAUGUAAAGAAUUGUUAAAGGGGACUCUUUGAGUGGACAGGAAAAACCAUAAACAGGAGUAAGAAGUAGGUAAGACGUAAGAAGGAGUAAGAAGUAGGAAGCACAAAGCAGUAAAGAUGAGUAUAUCGAUAAAAAUCAAAGGAUCCAGAAAACAAAAGGAUGUAAACUAUGACACCAUAUACCUAAAAUAUAGGGGGAAAGGGAUAAAUAAAUUAUAGUUUUAUAAUGUGUUCAAACUAAAGCUAUUAUCAACUUAAUAUAGACUGAUAUGUGCAUAAGGUAUUAUAUAAUAAACAUAAUAGCAACUACAAGUUAAAAACCUAUAAUAAAUUUGAAAAAUAUAAAGAGAAUGGAAUCCAAAUAUAUGACUAAAGAAAGUCAGCAAACCAUGAUAGAAAAGAGAGAAAGAAGAAAGGAACAAAGAACUACAAAAACAAAACAUGUAACAAAAUGCCAAUUAAUACAUACCUGUAAGUAAUUAUUUCAAAUGUAAAUGGUUUAAAUGCUCUAAUCAAAAG